AUGACGACCAGGAGGAUGAACACAAUGCCUGACGAGGGCGUCGCUGAGCACUACCAGGUUCUCGAGGAGCUGGGUCGUGGCAGUUUUGGUGUUGUCUACAAGGCCAUUGAGAAGGCUACCGGUGAGACCGUCGCCAUCAAGCAUAUCGAUCUCGAAUCCAGCGAAGAUGAUAUCCAAGAAAUCCAGGGCGAGAUCGCUGUGCUCAGCACCUGCGCCAGUUCCUUCGUUACACAAUACAAAGGCAGCUUCCUCCGAGGCCACAAGCUGUGGAUCGUCAUGGAGUUCCUUGGUGGAGGCUCUUGCUUGGAUCUCACUCAGCUCAAACCAGACAACUUUUCCGAAGGCCACAUCGCCAUCAUCUGCCGCGAGCUUCUGCGCGGUCUCGAAUACCUGCACGCUGAGGGCAAGAUUCACCGAGACAUCAAGGCUGCCAAUGUUCUCCUGUCCGAGGUCGGCAAGGUCAAGCUCGCCGACUUUGGUGUUGCCGCACAAUUGACCAACAUCAAGUCGCAACGAAAUACCUUUGUCGGCACGCCUUUCUGGAUGGCACCCGAGGUCAUCCAGCAGGAUGGAUACGGCUUCAAGGCCGACAUCUGGUCCCUGGGUAUCACGGCCAUGGAGAUGGCCAACGGCGAGCCACCCCUGGCCCACAUUCACCCCAUGAAGGUCCUCUUCCACAUUCCCAAGAACUCGCCUCCCCGGCUUGAGGGCAACUUUAGCCGCGAAUUCAAAGACUUCAUCGCGCAGUGUCUGGUCAAGGACACAGAGCGCCGACCCACCGCCAAGGAGCUGCUGAAGCACCGCUUCAUCCGCUCCGCCGGCAAGGUCGAGGCUCUUCAAGAGCUCAUUCAGCGGAGGCAGAUGUGGGAUGUCAACCAGCAGCGCAAGUCCCACCCAAUCUUCUAUCAAGAGACUCUCAACACAAUCUCUCCCAAGGACGACGCAGACGAGUGGGUGUUUGACACGGUCAAGUCAGUCAUGCCCAAGAGGCCCACAGUCAAGUCUCGCAAGCCUUCGUCCAUCUUCUCGACUGAAGAAGCCAUGCGCAAGCUCGAUCUCAAGGAUGGCCCUCUCGGCCCUUCAUCACCAGCGCCUCAGACCAUGCGCAAGACGACAGCCCGCCGCCAGCCCUCUGUCAGCCACACCCAGACGAAUGGAUCGCCACGUUCCACCGUCGCCAGACGCCCAUUGCAACCCGACAUGUCAUAUGGCAAUUCGGGACCUACAAUGCGCCUAUUCCGCGUGUUCCUUCUGACAGCUCGACGUCUGGUCACCUGA